AUAAAAAAAUUGAUACCACGUUGGUCUUGGGAAAUUUACAAGAAAGUAUAAACUAUAUUUAAGUUAGAAAGCUCAUCGGAAGAAAUAAUUCCUCACUGGUAUUUUUUUCCUCAUGAAACUAAUUUAAAUUCUGCCGAGACGUUGUUAGUGUAAUGGAGUUAUUGUACUGUUGUUUGCCAUCAGUCGACGCGACUUGUGGCCGAAGGUGGUUAUUUGAUGCAAAUUUCAAACUACAAGCAGCACGCUGGGCCGAAACUGGGUAUAUGCUAAUUACGUUGUUGAAUUUUUUCGUCUAAUAUCGAAAAAAAGAACUAUCGCAACUGUCGCUUUUGCUUGGGAUUUCUUCCAAAGCUAAGUCUCAGAUCCACUUUAGAGAAUUCAUACUAAUUGCUAUCUGCCAUUAACACUGAAUUUGAUAUUUCUGAAGCUAUUCGCAUCAAAACAUUCUCCCUCAAAGUUGCUGGAUAUCACUCAGAAAUUAAAGCAUUUAAAUGCGUCAGGCAUAGCGGCGGUAUUAUUUGCGGGGACGCGACCGGAGUAUCGUUAUAAUAUCCUCACUUUGAAAUUAAGAUACAGAGAUUCAGAGACCAGCAGUUCCGCUUUCACGUCAUUUUCCGACGACAAGCAAUUAGACUUCGUUGGUUCUUCGCGUGCACCCAUUUGUUCCAUGCCGUGAAAAAGCGUGUGGCGUGGCUGACUUCCAGAUUAAAUUCUAUCUAACCAAGCUUCAGCAACUGCAAAUGUGCGAAGGAUGACCAGUUCAUGCGACAAAAGAAGUACCAUCGUCUCGUUUAAACGUUAGUUCCUCGACACUUCCUCGAGGGAAGCGAUCCACUUGUGGGCCUGCGUCGUGUUACGUUUGAGAACUGGUAACCCACCUCGACUGGUGGAUUUGCAAAAUGAACGUGGGUGUCACAUCGUCGAAAGACAAUUGAAAGGAGUUCGACAUAAGAACAUGACGGAAACAUGCAUUCGAGAAACACACCUGUAAGUACUGUCUACUUGUAGAUGUUCCACGUGAAUCAUCUAGACAGAAAUCGGCAGCAAAAUUGAUUUUGAAGUUUGGGCUUUAGCUUUAUUCCGUAGAUUAAGUUAUUGGACAUUUCCACAACUAGCUUGCCAAGUUUAUGCUUAUACUUAAUGGAAUGUUUUUGACAUGAGAUUUUUCAUAUUCUGGACGGCUGUUUGGUAGUGGAAAGACAAAAUACUAACGAUGCAAAUAUGUGGAUAUCAUUCGUUUCGACUCGGCUUGCCUAGGGUCAGUAACACAUGAAUACCGACGAUUCUCAACAAUUCUCAACAAUGCGCUGCCAAUGCGGGAUAAAGUACUUGAGCUAAGGAUGUUCUUAAAUAUGAAGAUAAAUCGCAUAUGCACCCUCAUGGCAAUAAUUAACUUUUCGAAAGUUGAUAGCAUGGUUAAAGAACUACUCUGAUAUUUAGCAUGAUGCAUUGUGCUUCAAUUGACAUCACCAGUGGGGUGUCGGCGGUACAAGGGUGUUAGAUGUUAUCUGUCUGACGAUCAAUUAUUCUUCGUGAAAUGAAAGUACAUUAAUUAUUAUUUUUUAUCCACAUCAAAAUUACAGCUAAAAAAUGCAUAAGAAAAGAACUCACUGUAUGGUAUUGAUUAAGUAUUUGUGGGUAAAAGUAAAUGCUAAAAUAGCUACAAUAUUACGCUAUUCAUUAAUUGCACAAAUUAAUUGAUAAUCACAUUGUGAAAUAAUUUUGAUUCAUCAUGUACUUCAUAUUCACUUUCAUUACUACUAAAUUGCUGCUUCUAAUGUGUUUUGUAACAAACAGUAAGGCUCGAUUGUUCAAUAGAUCCUUGGCCAUAUCUAUCUGUCCUUGAUUGCCAACUUAUCGCCUGAUCGGCCUUUUGAGUUGAAAAUGGCGAUAUUUCAUUUUAAACAGUUAUUUAAGAUGCUCCUUGGACAAAUGAAAUCACAUGCUGUUACUGCAUGUCUUCAUGCAACCCUGAUGCAAUGUCAGUUAAAGCUCAAAUUGAAGAGAAGCAGAACUUUUUCUCGCCUAUCUUUCUUUCAUCCGGAUCUUAAACGACAAAUUAAGUUACAUGAUACCAGAAUAUUAAGUCAGAUACCAUUGUUUUCGAUCAAAAGGUUGCUUGCUGGUUGCUAAUUUACAAAUUUAUCAUGACAACUCAGAAGUGCAGAGUCGCUUGCUGACCAAACCUAGCGUUGUUGUUUUUUGCUUCACGUUACCAAGAUUUACGUCACAAAAUUUGACAGAAAACCACUACAAGGGAUCGUGGUGAAAGCCAAAUUACCAAUUUACACUAGAAUGCAGUUAGUCCUGCGACUUCUUUUGCGAACUCUCUAGAGCAGCUUUCACUUCCAACAGCAUACUCAGCUCGAUUCAUUGAUACAAGAUAAUGAAUACCGUAGCAGAUUACUAUGUUCUUUUAAUGCCCUAUUUUACAGCGAAAUGCGAAGUCCUAACUCAAGCUUCAAGCAGUACGAUUGUGUAAGCCUGAAAGUGUGAUUGUGUUUUUGUUACCUCGUGGACAAUUAAAAAACCACAUCCAUUAAAUAGACGCGGUCUUCUGUUUGGAUGUUUUUUCAUCAGAUGUUAAAAAAAAUUGCAAUGCAAACUGGAUUUUUAAGACGCCUUCUAGCAGCUGAUUCUUUUAUCAGUGAUACCAUUUAGUAAGGCCAUGUAAUUGCUUAUUCCUUAAUAAGCUGUCUUGCAGUUGCCACCAGUCCUGUGGUUUUUUACAGACAACCUAAUUAUUUAGUAUCGUACAUACACCUGUAAAAACGGAUACAACAGUUCUUGAUCGCAUUUCGCUAAAAAAAUGACGUUAAAAGUGCUGACGGGCAGAGGAGUGUGUGUUAGUUUACCCGGUAAGGUUUAGCCUGCUAGAAAUGAGGGCCGCCCUUUUGCAUUUCCUUGCAUCCAGUUGAAAGCUUGGUAGAUUUUUAUUUGACAUGCCACGGUUGUUCGAUACCCGCAGAUUGGUUUUGUUGUGAAUAUUUAACCCAGGGAAUUCAAGAACUAUUUUUACUACUUUUCUCAUUCAAUCUUUGUGUUCCAUAGAAACAGCACUGGACGUCAACCGGAGUCUUGCCGUUCGAUGUGUAUAAACGCAUCAGUUUCAGGAGCAUAUUGUAGGAUUUAAAGUUGAUGUCUUGGAACAAGGAAAAGACAUGAACAUUUCCCAAAGGACAACGUUGUGCGCUUUCGUUAUUCUGGCUGUGAACUACGCUUUUUCUGAAAGCAAAUGCAAUAGUCAAGAAAAGGAAUCACUAGAUCUUAUUGGAGUGUUCGAUUUCGGCGACACGUCUUCUGUAGAGAGUUUCACGAACGCCAUAUCGCGACAUAACUCUUUGAGUCAAGAAGAAUGUGUUCCCAUCUUAACGUACAGGACACCGCUUCUUAUAAAAAGUGACACGAGUGUUUCUGAGUUGAUAGACCUAGCUGAGGAAGCAUUGCAGGGUGGUUCUUGUUUUAUGGUAUACGCAGCUGAGGAUGAUAAUGGAAGGAUUGUUCUCGACCUUGCAAUAGGUCAUGGAUUGAAAAUACUAACAGCUAUACAAGAGUUUUCUUUGGAUUACGCGAAUGAAGAGAUAAAUUACAAAUACGACCCCGUUCGUGUUGCCACAGUGAACAGAACAACUAGCACACAGACACAGCUAAGUGCUUUGUUGGCGCUCUUCCACAAUUUGAACUGGAAGAAAUUCAUCGUCGUUACGGAUGGUGUGCACGAAUCAAAUCGUCUUGUAAAUUUACUCCAAGAAAGCCUUGGCCCAUGGAAUCUUGAAAUGAUAGACUGGUUGCUGUAUACUCCGGACGUUUCGUUUGAUGAAAUGUCUUCCAGCUUCGAUCGUUUAGGUAAAGAUGCACAUGCCAUUCUCCUUAUAACAAACAAUCUCAAAAUGGCUAAUGAUAUCUUCAACGCCAGGGAAACUAUUUCUCCAUCUUCGUGGAUUUUUGUGUCCGAUUUGGACGUGACGACAUUUACUAACACCUCGUUUCCAGAUGUGAUUUACACUUUGACACCAACAUUGAUUCAGGAAAUUACGGUUAGUGGUUAUGUGGACGAUGCCGUUCGAUCAAUAAGUCUUGCUCUUGCGAGAAGAAGUAACCCCGAAUUUGGUACGUGUCCUAAAAUGGACGAAAUGCGUAGACUGUUGUCCGAGGUAAAUUUCCAUGGAUCAUCGGGACCAGUAAAGUUUGACAACCAUGGAGACCGAGUGCCCCUUGGUUAUGUUGUUUGUCAGAUGGUGUUCGUUGGCGAACGCCGUAUUGGUGGUAUACAAUCUGAGAUUUUCCAAUUGGGCUACUGGUCUAACAACAAGCUUUUCAUCACGGAUCCAGGUAACUUGCCUCGACUUAAAAUUCUGCUAAACGAGUAUCCGCCGAAUGUGAUGUCAAAACCAAAAAUAAAUGGCGAACCGUGCCAAUCAAAUUCGAAGCCGUGCAUUAAAACGAUAGAAACUCCGGACGGCAAGAAGAGCAUUGAGCGUUGCUGUUAUGGUUUUGUCAUCGAUGUGUUGCAGAGUGUGAUGAACGAGUAUCCUUUCAUACCUGAGUUGCUCUUCAGCUUAGAUGGCCAGUAUGGAGUGUACGAUGACACAAACGACACUUGGAAUGGGGUGGUGUCGGAACUCCUUAGUGGCAGAGGAGACGCAAGUUUUGAUUUGUACAUAAGUUCUCGAAGGGCCACCGUUCUUGAUUUCACUGAACCGUACAUGCCUUCUGGGAUUCGCCUGUUGGUAAAGGAAAGCGAACGUGAGGACAACCAGAUUUACUGGUUGUCUUAUCUACGACCCUUUACUCCUCCAGUCUGGCUCACGCUGCUAGGGAGCCUAGGGGUAAUGAUAUUCUUUCUUUGGGGAAUUGAGAAGAUCAGUCCCGUCCGAGGAUCGAACAAGCUGUUCCAUCGUAAUUCUUCGUUUGGACUUGACAACGCUGUAUGUUAUGCCCUCGCUCUUGCUUUUGGCCGCCCUGCAGACGAAUCAAAACCCACAACGAACGGCGCUCGGCUCUCCUCGGUUGCUUUUGGAAUGGCAAUGCUCGUGUUCGUGUCGUUUUAUUCAGCCAAUUUGGCAGCGUUUCUUAUCGUGGAUGAUAAGACCACUCCAGUCGAGGACAUUUACGAUCUCAAGAUUGAGCGACCUCCAGAUGGCUUCAAUUAUGGAACUAUUGAGGGAUCUUACAUGGCCGACUAUUUCAAAAACAGCGAAAAUGCGUAUUUUCGUCACGUUUGGUACCACAUGAAACAUAACAACGUCAAGAGCCUCUCAGAAGGAGUGCAAGCAGUCAGGACAGGGAAGCUCGAUGUUUUUGUCGCUGAUCACGUCGGUUUAGAAUACGAGUCAAUGAAUGAUCCUUACUGUCAGCUCAAAGUUGUUGGCGAACCUUUCGCAAUGUCCGGGGCAUCAAUUGCAGUCAGGAAAGGCCAUCCUCUGUUUAUACCACUUUCAGAGGCUCUUCAAAAUAUAAAAGCCAAAGGGCUUACAGACUAUAUUCAGAAGUUUUGGGUUUCAAAGUAUUCCUGCAAGAGAGAAACUCCUCCGGCUCAAUUGAAGGUGGAAGAUCUCAGUGGACUUUUUCUACAGUUAACAAUUGCAAUGAUUGCUUGUAUACUGGGCACAAUGUGCCAUAGAACAUUCCUUUCGCUGUACCACAGAGAACGGUGGAAAUCCGAUGAAAACGAGCACAUCGAGGAAGAAGACCCAAGAUGCAGAUUUGCGCAAACAGAAACGCUGGUGUGAGACAGAAGUCUUGACGAGCUGCUUAAAAUAAUGUCUUCGUGACCUGAGAAUGGAGUGGAUUGAACAGGUUUCCAUAGAGCACUCAAAGGAGAAACUGAACCCACUUAGUUGUGGGUUUUCAGCCAGUUUAUAGUUGAUAACAACAGUAUGUGUUGUCAAGAGGUAUAUUAGCAGCUCGAUAUAAUAGUAACGGACAGUAAUAUCGACAGCGUGCAAAGUCAGAGCUUAUAUCGGUGGUCUUGUUUCGCUCACUCGGUCGCUUUGUCCCCGCAGCCCAGUGGAUGUGUUGGUUAAGCGUGUUCGUAAGGCCAGAGUCCUGGAUUUUCAAGCUCCGUUUGAAAACCCUGCGCAUUAUUCUUUUCAUACUGAAAAAUGUCAGAUGCAUGUCAAAGUAGUGGGUAAAUCUGAAGCCGUCCUGAACACGGAAUAGAAAAGUCCAGUACCCCUUUUAACUCUCUACCAGAACACGAGUUAUACCAUUGAUUUUCAAUUAGUAUUAAUACAAUGAAAGACAAAUUACAAGUUUUUGUCACGCAACGCAAUCACGAACUGUUCCCCUUUUGUGAUUUCUGUUUUAAGGGGUUAAAGGUUUAUUUUCCCUCAGUUAAGCCUUGAUUGCACGUACCUAUGAACAAAGUAAUUCCAUGAGUUAGGUUCUUCGUUUUUAGUUACCUUAAAACUCUUUGGAGGUCAUAUUAGAUGAUGUACUGCGGAAAAAGUGCAAUUUCAAAUGUAUAGCUAAAAAUUAAUGGUGAAAUCUCUGUGGAAAUUAGGGAGUAAUUUGCUAUUCAUUGUAUUUUCACAGUAAUCGUAUUAUUAUGUGUAUUAUCAUAAACAUCAUAUUAAAGAGAAAAAGAUGUAGCCGUAUAUGUCAUCGGAGG